AUGUCUUCGGCAAGAAAAAGAUUAUCACGCUUAAAUCAACGAAUAUCACAUGCAUAUAGUCGACAAGCAGCUUUACAUGCUGUAAUUGAUGUUUUCAACUAUGCCGGUGCACAUGUUUCCGUACCGACAUCAUCAUCAUUAUCUACUAUAACUAGUACUCCAUCUGCAUCUUCUUCAUUACUUUUAUCAACAUCACCAUUACCACCAGCUGUUUCAACAGACAACAAGUCUUGUAUCUCAUCAUCAUCAUCUUUAUCAUCGUUAUCAGAUUAUUCUGACAACGAAGAUAAUGUUUCUCUAUGUUCUAUUGAUGGUGAAAUAUUCAAUUCAAUCAACAUAGAAAGUUCAGAAAAUAUUUUCACAAACUUUUCUAUCGAUUCUGAUUUUGAAAAUCCUGCAACAUCUUUCAGUUCAAAAGAAAUAUCUGUAUUACUGAUUGAAUUGCGAUGUCGGCAUUCCUUAACCAAGUCCUGUAUGACACAUAUUUGUCAACUUUUACAACUAUUGCAAGUGCCGAAUGCUCCACUUAGUUUUGAUAGUGUUGAGUCUCAAGUUCUUUGUGCUUAUCAAUCAAUAACUUUUCCCACACAAAGCAUCGUAUGUCCCUCUUGUUAUCAAAAAUCUUCGAAUUUAAAACGAUGUACAAAUACACAUGGUUGCGCCUCACAACAUUCUUUCAUUCGUUCACCAACUAUUAACUAUACUUUUGCUCUUGAGCCGCAAGUGCGUUCGAUUCUUGAAAAAAAUCAAAUAGUUUUUCCAAAACUCAAUCAUGAUUCUAUUUCGGACAUAACUAAUGGACAAGUUUAUAAAAAGUUACUCAGGAAAGAAAAAACACCAUUUGUAACCUUGUUGAUGAACUCUGAUGGUGGUUUAAUUAAAAUAAUUUCAAAAUCAAUAUGGUUAACGAGCUUUGUAUUAAAUGAAUUACCUCGAGCAGUACGGUUUCUACCAGAAAAUACGAUUCUUGGAAUGAUCUCUACAGGAAGCAUGAAACCGAAAAAAGAUGAAAUGUCGUCUAUUAUGCAGGAUCUAGUGAAUGAACUGCAUCAUUUAGAAAAUGGAAUUUCUAUACUCUUUCCGUCGGUUGAAUCAAAUAAUUCAGAACAGAUUGUCAAUAUAUACUUACUUGGUUGUGUUUGUGACAAACCUGCAACAUCGUUGUUACUCAAUCAUACAGAAUGUACUGGAUUUUUCGGAUGUACAUAUUGUACUAUUAAAGGUAAUUUUAUACAAAAAGCAAAGAUGUUGAAACUUCUUUUGUCAAAACCAUCUGGCACGGCUGGUAUAUCAGAUGCUAUGACUGUAUAUAAUAAAAUAGAUCAUAUUGCUGAAAUUAUCAAUUCAAUAUCAUAUCCGUCAACAACGUAUCGACAACCAAGAGAUAUUCGUCUAUUUAGAAAAUUCAAAGGAAAUGAAUUUAGAAUUAUUUUGUUGUUUGGUUAUUCAGUAUUUGAAGGUUUUCUUGAUCAAGAACGUUAUGCUCAUCUAAAAGCGUUAGCUUUUAUUGCACAUAUAGUUGAGGCACAAUACCUCUCUAGCGAUGCUCAUAAAGAUGUCGAAUACUUAGCGUCAUAUUUUGAUAAAAAAUUUGCAUUUCUUUAUACGGAUAGGCAUGUUGUACCCGUAAUCCAUUCAAUUCGCCAUUUUUACUCAUGUAUUCGAGAUUAUGGGCCGAUGUUUAAUUAUUCAACAUUUUCAUUCGAAUCUACGAUGGCAUCAUUCUCUGGAACCAUACAUGGUGGAUCAGCACCAAUAACUGAAUUAAUUAAAAACAUUGACUUAUAUCGUCAAUCAUCAAUUUGCAUCUCCUCCUCGUCGUUUCCAACUAAAGGAAAAGAAUAUGUUUCUCGAAUUUGCUCUUCACCACGUCAAAUUACUUCUAAUUAUCAAGAUGAUCUAGCAAAUAUUAGAUUACAUAAAAAACUCACAUCACCACCAUCUAAUUUCUUUGGUCAAUGGUCCAAUCUAUCUCAAUCCAACAUUUUCUUUUACAAAACAUUAUUUAUUAAUGAUUUACGUUUUAGCGCUGAUGAUUUCACAACAAUACGACAUUCUAAUGAUGCUUAUGCCUUAGCAGAUAGUGAAUUUGCUAUUUUAUUAGAUGAACAGAAUAUUACCGGACAUAUUCAAAAAGUAAAAUCAUUAUUUCAGCUGAGCAGAUAUGAACAAGCUCGAGCCGUAAUUCAAAGAGCUCGAGAUACAGCUGGUAAAUAA